AUGCUGGGAUUUCGACGGUAGGCGCAUAACCACGUGCGGUUUGUGUUUGUCAGUGUUCAAAUUUCGUACUUAAGGAAGCACAAGUCGCUACAAUCAAGAAAAAUGGAUGCGUAUGAACUUUUUCGAAAGCUGUCUACCGGCGUAAAAUUCGAUAAAAAACGUUUUCAAGUUGAUGCGGAAAGAUUUCAGCUUGUCAAUAGGCAACCUGAGAAUGAGCUUAAUGAUAAAAAACGAGUUAUUGAAGUCUUUAACAGUAUAAAUCAUUCAACGUUAUGUGGAAAAAGAAAACAUAAUGACAUCGAAAAAGAAACUGAUAAUAUUAAUGAGCCGAUAUUGCUCGAGGGAAUGCCUGUGUCUAAAAGUCAGAAUAAAAGGUGUAAAGUACCUUUCACUGAGGAGAAACGAUUAAAGUUAGAAAAAGAAAAGAUCAACCAACUCCGUAAUCAACAUCGCAUAAGUGUUACGGGCAAUCGUAUACCUAAACCUAUCACAGAAUUUAGUGAGUUAUCAACUUAUGAUGUAUCUAGCAAAUUAAUAAACAAUAUUAUAAAUUGUGGUUAUGAAUGUCCCACUCCAAUUCAAAUGCAAGCUAUACCUGCCAUGUUACAAGGCAGACAAAUAUUAGCGUGUGCUCCAACUGGAUCUGGAAAAACAGCUGCAUUUCUGGUACCCAUAAUUCAUCACCUAGGUGGACCAAAACGAAAAGGAUUCAGAGCCGUUAUAUUAAGUCCAACAAGGGAAUUAGCAAAACAAACAUAUAGAGAAUGCUUGCGUCUUAGUGAAGGAUAUGAUUUUAGAGUUCAUAUCAUAAGUAAAAUAAAUCAAGCAUUAAACAAAUAUGGACCAAAGAGUUCACAGAAGUUUGAUAUAUUAGUCACUACACCAAAAAGAAUAAUAUAUUUGUUGACUCAGGAUCCACCAGCUAUUUCUUUUAGCAAUGUGGAGUGGCUAAUUGUGGAUGAAGUAGAUAAACUUUUUGAAGAUGGAACAAGAUGCUUCAGAAACCAAUUGGAAACAAUUUUAAAGUCAUGUACAAAUGAAAAUUUACAUAAAGGAAUGUUUAGUGCAACUAAUACUUCUGUAGUGUCUAAAUGGUGUAGACAUAAUCUAAAAGGUCUUAUAACAAUUACUGUUGGACACAGGAAUGCCGCAACGAACUUAGUAGAACAAGAAUUGUUAUUUGUUAGCACAGAAAGAGGAAAACUCAUGGCACUAAGAAAUAUUAUUCAAAAGGGAGUAUUGCCCCCUGUGUUGAUAUUCGUACAAAGUAAGGAAAGAGCACAAGAGUUAUUUAACGAACUUAUCUAUGACGGAGUCAACGUGGACGUUAUUCACGCUGAUAGAACACAAAUGCAGAGAGAUAGUGUUGUACGUUGCUUUAGAGAAGGAAAAAUAUGGGUUUUAAUAUGUACAGAAUUAAUGGCAAGAGGUAUUGAUUUUAAAGGUGUAAAUCUUGUUAUAAAUUACGAUUUUCCACCAUCUGCCAUUUCUUAUGUUCAUAGAAUCGGUCGUACUGGUAGAGCUGGACAUAGAGGAAAAGCAAUUACCUUUUUUACUGAACAAGAUACUACAAAUUUGAGAAGUAUAGCGACUAUUAUGCGAGAGUCUGGAUGUAAUGUUCCUGAUUAUAUGUUAUCCAUGAAAAAAUAUAAUAAAAUGGAAAGACGAAAGCAAGAACGCAAAGCUCCUGUUAGAGCGAAGAUCUCAACCGUACCUACAUUCAAACGUGAUAGAAAAAAAAUGAGAAAAAAUAUAAAAGGAAAGAAACAGGAGUUAAAAGGUGGAGAAAGAAAAGAUUAAAAAAUUAAUAAAGAA